GGAGAAGCCUUUGUCGAUCACCUAUUAUUACAUAUAAAAAACAAAUCAAAAAAUCGUAAGACAAAGCAUAUUAAGGAUUAUAAUAAGUGUCGUACAUUAGCAGAAUGGUACAACGGGAAAAUUUUACCAGAACCGGUCUAG